UGACGUCACCCCCGCCUCCUCAGACAUUUCUGUGCCGGUCCGGAACAGGAAGCCGAUGAAGAGGAGCGGGGUCUUCUGGGAAGAAGUCUACGCGCUCCUGAGAGGCCCGUCGUAUGAAUGGGGAUGGAAGUGGUCGGAUAAGGCAGUUUUCCACUUCUUCUCAUAUUGGACAGCAAAAGCAGCACUUGUAUGAAAACAUGCCUCCAAAAUUCAAGCGGCAUCUCAAUGAUGAUGAUGUUACUGGGUCAGUAAAAAGUGAGAGGAGAAACCUCCUUGAGGAAGAUUCUGAUGAAGAGGAGGACUUUUUUUUGAGAGGACCAUCAGGUCCAAAGUUUGGGCCAAAGAAUGAGAAGAUCAGGCAUGUUCAAAACCAGGUUGAUGAAGUUAUUGAUGUCAUGCAAGAGAACAUCACCAAGGUGAUAGAAAGGGGAGAACGGUUGGAUGAUUUGCAGGAUAAGUCAGAAAGCUUAUCAGACAACGCAACAGCUUUUAGCAACCGAUCCAAACAGCUCCGAAGACAAAUGUGGUGGCGAGGUUGCAAGAUGAAGGCUAUUGUGGCUCUAGUUGCUGUUGUUGUCCUGCUAGUGAUAAUUGUUCCCAUCAUCCUCAAAUACCAUACUUGACUUGCUGAUGGACAUCACUGCGGAUAUGACUUCAGGAUGGCAGCAAAACAAGCAGCUGUGUGAUACAGUGGAACAAAAAGUGUAUAUAGCUUUGACAUGUUCUCCCAUCCCACCCCAAGAAGGCAAGUGCCCAAUGCUAACAAGAUUCAGAGGACCUGGGAAAUCAUACUUCUUUAGCCAAUUCCGAUGUCAAUAGCAAAUUCAAAACCUGUUGUCUUCUGAGAGGAAGCUCUCCUGCCAUUAUUUGUUUCCCUUUUUUAAGGAUACACAGACACAUAUAUGGAAUGUCCAAAAAUUGUGUAUACUCUUUAACUGGUUAUAAUUAUGGAAUGUUUUUAUAUAAAAAGAACCACCCUUAAGAGGAUUAAAGAUUGCAAUAACAGAGAAAUGUCAUGAAAUUACAAGAGGAACUUUUAAGUGAGGUUUGCAACAGUACUUCAACAGUGCAAGAAGUGCUGUGCAGGGAUGACAAUUUGAACAUCUUACAUAAAACUAAUUUAAGAUGGAACACGUAACUCUGAUUGAAUCAUUAUAGCAUUAUUGUGUUUACUUAGAUUAUUCGCUAUUAAAGGAUACAUACAUUUUUGGGACACUGUGUAUGUGUGUAUAUAUAUAUAAAUAGAGAAAGAGAUGCUAAUUAUGUUAUUUAUAAUUUAAACUAUUUCCUCUUCAUUGCUGACUGGAGGAAGAAUAUGGGAAGGAUUCAGUGUGUAUAUAUAUUUAUAUAUAAUUGUUUAAAAAUCCUAUCUAUUCAGUUGAAUAACUGUGAUGAUGCCACUUUCUCAUUGUAAAAAGCAAACAUGAUUUUGUAAACAGUAUGUGCUUGUUAACCCAGAAACUCCAUGUUCUUGGUGUUAUUGCUUAUGAAUGUGACAUAAAAACAUUCGAGUAAAAUACUAUUUUUGACUGUA